UGACUAUUCAACUCACACUCUCUCUAAUGAGGUUUCCCAAAAAGACGUUCUGAUUUUGUUGGAAAAGUGCAGCUAAGACAGGACUUCAGGACAUCAUGGACAUGCCUCCCACCCCCAGCUCUGGUAAUAGUAACCUGAAUGAAGCCAACACUUGUGGAGUGGACCUCAACCAAGAUGCCAUCUACCUUCCUGUAAUCUACAGUAUCUUCUUCAUCAUUGGCACUCCCCUCAAUCUGAUGGCCCUGUUCGGGCUCUAUCGUCUGAUCAAGUCUGAAAACGUCUUACCGGUGUACGUGAUCAACCUGCUCCUUUCGGAUCUCCUCCAACUGUUCACUGUACCUCUAUGGAUUGACUACUAUCGCAGGGGUCACAGCUGGCGAUUCGGGUCCACUUCCUGCCAGUUAUUGGGGGUCAGUUUCUACGUCAGCAUUUACACCGGCAUUGCAUUCAUGUGCAUCAUCGCUUUGGAGCGCUACUUGGCCAUCGCCAAGCCUCUGAGAUUCCAAGCAUUGAGAAAGCUGAAGUUUGCACGAUGGAUAGCCCUUAGCAUAUGGGUCUUGGUAGCCGUGCCUCCAUCCAUCGCCUUGCAUAAAAUGCAACCCAACGACAAUCACACCCUGUGUAUCGAGAGCUACCCUUCCAAGGAGGGGUUCAUCAUCUACCGAUUGAUCACCUUAUCCCUGUCCUUCAUCAUCCCUCUCGCCUUCAUCGUGUUCCUCCACUGGAAGACCCUGAGGUCUUUGUCGGCCAUUGGUACCUUGGGAACGGAAGAGAAGCACCGCAUCAGGGGGCUUCUCAAUCUGCUGGUGGUCAUCUUCAUCCUGGUCCUUGGCCCCUACCACAUCACAGGAUGCGUGAAGUACAUUGGAUUGCUUUUCCACAGGGACGCCUGUGAAUGGGAGAAGGCUGUGAUUGUGCCCUACCAGCUGGGCAGGGGUCUGUUGAGCCUCAACAGUCUGCUGGAUCCUGUACUUUAUACGUUCCUGAGGAGUGACUUCAGGGAGGCUGCGGGCCAUUACCUGCCCUGCCUGAGGAGGAUGCAGGAGUCUGUAUGCAGGACUGUGAGUCAUCAUAGGACCACCACUAAGACUCCUAGUAGUCUCUCAGAUCACACUGAUUCUAUCUAAACCCAAACCAGACAUUUGUAACAUACCUGUACAUGAUGUACAGUACCUAGCUAGAUGCUAUCUGCUUUUCUUAUAAUAUAUUAACCAGCCUUCGAAGAACCAUCACCAGGACCACUAUUAUCCUUUAAGACCCCACAGAGAGACCCUGAUUCAACCUGUGAUAAACAUUAAUACUGAACAUUAUUCAUAAAUGCUGCAGAACAAAGGUUAUACUGUGGGAAAGGAACAUCUCUAAGAUAUACAUAUAUUUCCUAUAAUUGUUUUUUUUUACAAAAACUGUUUGUUUCUUUAAACAGUGCCAGUGGGUUUUAGAAAGUACAUUCUUGAUUGAGACAGACGUGGUUUGCCUCAUAUUGCCACAGCCAGGAUGUUGCCAAAUUGAGAUUUCAUGUGGCAGGCAGCUGGUAUCGCAGAAGGACUGGUGUCCUCAUAAUACAUUCAUAUUUCCUCUUUCAAGCAACAAAAAAUUGCACAAAAAAGAACUUGCCUAUAAACACAUCUUGUUCCAAAUCAAUUGGAAGUUGUUUUACAAACUUGUUUUACAACUUUGUUUAAACAAACUUACAAACUAGACAUGAAACAUAUAAGAUAAACUGCUGAAGGACUGAACAUAGUUUUAAUCCUUGGUUGUCCACAAUAGUGUAUAUUUGACACUGGGGAGAAAAAUAAUGUAGUACUUUGAUGAUUUAGAGUUGCCCCUGGCAACUGAAAGGGAUGGUUCAACCAGACUGUUCUACCUGUUUAUAAAUAGCAUCGUACCCAACUGAGGACCACAUGUAUACAAGAAUUGGAAGUGGUUUUGUAAUGUGGGGCAAUGUGUAAUAUUGUAUUUCUGUCAGCAUUGCAAUGCUAAAUGUAAAUCAAUCUAUAUCACAAACCUAUGUACCAUUUCAUUUAAAACAUUUAAUUUAAAACAUAACUGUACAUAUCAUGACACCUUUCAGAUUCAGUUGAAUAAAAGAGUUUCAUGUUUGCAUAAAAAUGAUAUAGAUUAUAUCCCAUAUGUUACUAUAGCCUAUAGGGGGGCAAAACUAAUUACAUUUACAUUUGAAUAAUGAAAUGUACAGUGAGUUCCUAAUGUUUCCAUCUGUGCUACAACACUGAAGGUGCUAAAGAUGAUGCCGUUGACAUAGUAACACGUACCACUUGACAAUAUGUGCAUUGUAUGUCCAAUUUAUCUGCCCACAGAGACUAAUCACAUAGUUCUAGCUCUGUGGUUGAGGCAGUCAUUCCACACGGCACUAACUUGAAAGGAGAGAGACUCCUGUAAAAUUGCUCUUGAUUCAUAGAACCGCAAAAUCAAUAAAAGUGUAUAUUAUCUAAUUACACAUUAUAGCAAAGACAUAUAUAUAUAUAUAUUUUUAUCAACGCUUUGCCUCUGUGAUUGAGCCAAGCAUUAUUGCACUGAUUCAGAUUGAUACCAGUUAAUUGUUGUACAAUGCAUUAAAGAGCGCUUUAAUUAUAGACGGCAGACUCUGUCUUCUCUCUGCUGUCACUAUUAUCCUGCUCUGUCAUUUGUUCAUUAGUCCCUGCAGACCUGAUUAGUCAAUGGAUGCAUUGUAAUAACCCUGGCUCUUAAAGAGGGGUAGCUCCAGCUCAAUUCAGUCAGGCUCCCACAUCAGAAGUUAUUGAUCCAAUAGACUGUAA